GACUCCCUGUUUGGCGGCUGGCGGCGACAACUCCCUUGCCAAUUCAACGGGCCCAACACAUAAGGCAACUUUUUCAUCUCCUCACGGCUCUCAAGUUCUAUUGCACUUUACCAUCUUUGCAUUCCCCAUGUUUACUAUGAGAUUCUAAUUCACAAGACUGCGACAGUUGCAAUAUCAAGUUAAGGAACAAAGUGCUGUCCGAUACCAGUUGCAAGUGAUCUGGACCCUGCCAUUGGCAGUGCUUCUUACCUUGCGUCUGUGGCUUCUUGCUGACACUGCCUUUGCGCUUGCGAUGCAAGACCCCUGGGCCAACUUGAACUUCCUAUCUGAAAACGAGUCUUCUUCAACAACCAUGAGGGGAUCCAUUGCUCCUGCUGCCGAUUACAAUGGAGUUUGGGUGGCCAAUAGUGACGAAGGGUUAGCGAGAGAUGGACGUGGAAAACUGGGUGCUGGUCGAAAACCUGCGGAUCGGGUAGAGAGCACAAGCUAUGAGAGAGGCUGGAAACGAGGACGGACUCCCAGUUUACUAGAUGGACCGUUCCAACAUGAGGAACCCAUAGAAGGGUGGACAGACUUUGCACAAGCCCUUUCACCCGAUCUUUCCUCUGAAGCAUCCCGCACGAGUCGUUCUGAGAACGGAAUUGAACUUACAAGCGGAGAGAGGGGAUCCCUGGAACUACCUAGCUUGAGAACUGGUAGUGCAGCGGACCGAGUGCGGCAGGAAGCCAUAGCAGCCAUGGGCUCGUCCACUAGACCAUUGCUUUCACUGGACGAAAUCGACCAACUUGGAUCUGUGGCCGAUCUCACACGAAACGACCACGUGCCAUUACGACGAUUGUCUUUGGCCAAUGGCGAAGAGAUAGAUACAUCUAGCACCACGAUGCACAGAGUUUCUCCUAAUGAUACCCUUGCUGGCGUAGCGAUUCUCUACCGUGUGAAGCUUUCAGAACUGAAACAAGCUAAUCGGCUGUGGAACGAUGAUGAUAUAAAGCUACGAGAGUUUCUAAUUAUUCCAAGAAACAGAAGCCUAGGUUCCGCGACGGACUCCGCAGCGCCUUCCUUUGUUUCAAAGAUCCCAAUCUCCCCACCGUCCAAGAUCCCUUCAGCUGGUGCGUCUACAUCAAGUUCCGAAAGGAAACCAUUUGGAAAGCGAAGCGUCUCGUCACCAAGUCUAGCCCCUGUAGCUGAAACGACAGAAGACUUACUUCGUCAAAUUGACUUGGAUCUCGCAUCUACAUUAACAACCUUGGGCAACCAAUCCUGGACAGCUGGCAAGUCGUCACAUGCUGGUGUUCCAUAUGGAUUUCCAUCUGUAUUGGAAGGAAAUAACAGCGGGACAGCGUCAAAUGGACAGAGUCCGAAUAAAGUCAGGCGCGGACAAGUUGGAAGCCUGGAAGACGUUCUUGGUCUUGCGUAUGGCCGGAGUAGAUCAGACAGUGGUGGAUCGAUCUCAAACCCAUUUCUUGCCAUCGAGAAUUGGAAUGAAUGGAUCCUCAACAAGUUAAAAUAUGUGUCAAAUGAAAUAGCUAGUCCAAGUAGAGAGGAAUAUUCUCCGAUUUCGACAGACGAGGACGAAGCGGAAUCCACUCCUCAAUCUUCCUUCUCUUCUCCUCGGUCUUCUGUCUCCUCCUGGACCGCUCGCACAUCUUGGGCACUGCCUUCGGGAAUACGGCGACGAACAGCAUCGGCCACAUCCGAGAUGCCCGUGGGUCCAAGGCGAGAACUAUCCCAAACAAGUUUUGGUAAUACACCUGACCUACUUGACUUUGGACAAGAACCUCGAUUGGAAGGAGUACGGGCAAGUGGGCACACUUCCACGUAAAUAUCUAGUUUUAGUAUAGGGUUAAGAGACAGAUAGUUGAAAACUGUGCCGCAAUAUCUCUAUUAGAGGAUUAAUGGUGAACACAGCCACCUUGGUGUGGUUGCGCAUUUUAGGCAUAAUUUCCAUUAGCAACUUGAGGACUUUGUCUUGUACCGUUGCAUAUACACUAAUCUAUAAUACGCCAUACUGUCAAAUAUUGGUCAAGUGUACGAGUCGUGGGCUCAUUUGUUUCAUUGAUUUGGUGA